AUGGGCUUUCUUCGUAAAACUUGAUCGAAAGUCUUUUGAAAUUCCCCGGUGGUCUUUCUACCGGCGGUAAGUGUUGGCUUAGCGAAAGUCCAGACACUGGCAAAGAGAGGUUUUUGAAAUCUUCUUUCUCAUUCUCUUGCUAGAUAGCCGGUCAAAGGCUAUUGAUUUCGUUCGUUAUUUUAAGUUGUUCAGAUUUCAGGUGUAAACUGUUUUGAGUAGAUGCGGAGAAUCAAGGAUAAAUUAUCAACAAGGUUAAUGAAUGUUUGUGUGGCAUCUCUUUGUAAAGCCAAACAAUUAGAGAAAGCUGAAAUUGUUAUAGUUGAUGGCAUAAGAAUUGGAUUACAACCAGAUGUUGUCACUUACAACACAUUGAUUGCUGCAUAUUGCCGCGUUGUUGGCAUAGAUGCUGGUUAUUCCAUCCUUCAUAGGAUGAAGGACGCUGGAAUUAACCCUGAUGUUAUUACCUAUAACGCUUUGAUUGCCGGAGCUACUAGAUAUUCUCUGUUAUCUAAAUGUCUCGACCUGUUUGAUGAAAUGCUUGAGAUGAGAAUUCUUCCUGAUAUUUGGAGUUACAACACAUUAAUGAAUUGUUUCUUUAAAUUCGGGAAGCCAGACGAAGCUUACAGGGUUUUUCAAGAUAUUCUUUUGAAAGAUAUAUCUGUUCAUUCAGCAACUUUCAAUAUUUUAAUUAAUGGGCUGUGUAUGAAUGGAUAUACGGAGAAUGCCCUAAUGUUAUUUAGGAGUUUGAAGUGUCAUGGAUUUAUUCCUCAGUUAGUAACUUACAACAUUCUUAUUCAUGGGUUGUGCAAGUCAGGACGAGGAAACGUUGCAAGAGAGUUCCUCAACGAAUUGGUAGAAUCAGGUCAUAUCCCGAAUGCCAUCACUUAUACUACAGUAAUGAAAUGUUGCUUCAGAUAUAGACAAUUUGAAGAAGGCCUUAAAAUCUUUGCAGAGAUGAGAAACAAAGGAUAUACAUAUGAUGCCUUUGCUUACUGUACAGUUGCAAGUAUGUUACUUAAAACUGGGAGGAUAACUGAGGCUAAUGAGUACCUGGGAUAUAUUAUUACAAGUGGCUUUACCCUUGAUAUUGUGUCUUUUAAUACCAUUUUUAAUCUAUAUUGUAAGGAAGGUCAGCUGGAUAAUGCUUAUACGUUGUUAUAUGAGGCAGAAAAUGGAGGCUUGGAAUCUGACAAGUACACCCAUGCUAUCUUGAUUGAUGGCUUGUGCAGGACUGGUAAUUUCCAAGAGGCCCAGCAACAAUUGAACCGUAUGAGUGUGACAGGUUUUGAUUCUAACUUGGUUGCGUGGAAUUCUUUUAUCAAUGGGUUGUGUAAAACUGGUCAAUUGGAUUAUGCUACGCAUAUAUUUGAGUCAAUGGAUAUGAAAGAUUCUGUUUCUUACUCUACCAUGGUCCGUGGUCUUUGCCAAGCUAGGAGGUUUCGUGCAGCAUCUAAGUUACUACUAUCGUGUAUUAGAGGUGGCAUGAAUAUUCUUAAAUCAGAUAAACGAAUUGUUAUUGAUGGUCUUCGUAGUUGUGGACUUACGCAUGAAGCAAGGAAGGUCCAGUCUAAAAUUCAAAUGGCUAAGCUUCUGCAUUAUUAAUAAAGAAUGGUGCUCAACUUUGCCACUGAAGUUUCAACCUUAUUUAUUGGCCAAGAUUUCUACAUUAUAACAAUUUUGUGGAAGUUGAAAUUUAAGGGAUAAUGCAACUGAGAAUACAACCUAUGUUAACCAGUUAUAAAUGGGUAGAAGUAUUCACUCCUCUUGUAAAGGCAAACACAAUGACAUACUGUUAGUUUUGAGCAGACAAAUGAUAGCUUUUGGAGGUUCUCUUCCAGAUGCGGAUGGAUCAAGCAUAAAAUUUAUUUGCUCAGCUUACAAGGCACAGUUGCUCUAUCUCCCCGGGAAGAACUUCCAACUGGAGCUGCACAAUCUAGUAUGAGUUCAUAUAGG